GGACCCCCGGACCCGAGCCCGCCUCCCGCGCGCCCUGCCUGGCCUGGCCUUCCCCUCCUUUGGCACCCUCCUCCCCGGAGCCCGGCCCAGGGUGCCCGCCAGCCGCCGAUGCCGUGCCGCCCUGGCCCCGCCGCCGCGCGCCCCGCCAGCAGCCGCAGCAGCAGUCACCGCAGCAGCCGCCGCCGCCGCUCUCGGCCCGGCUGGGAGCUCGCCCGCCGCGCGCCCCGCCAGCCCGCAUGGAGUCCCAGUGCGACUACUUCAUGUACUUCCCGGCCGUGCCCUUCCCGGCCCGCGAGGUGCUCCUGGGGGAGCCAGGCCGGUACCGGGCCCUGCCGCGGAGGAACCACCUUUAUCUGGGCGAGACGGUCCGUUUCCUGCUGGUCCUGCGGUGCCGUUCGGGAGUCGGCGGCGCUCCCCGGCCGCCCUGGGGGGAACUGGCGGGCUCGCUCUCGGCCCUGGCCAGCGUCAGCCCGGCUGGCGGCGGCGGCGGCGGCGGCGCAGGAGACGAGGCCCUCCCUGGUGAAGCGGAGGAGGAGGAGGGCGCGGCUGGAGCCGGAGAGGCGACCGCCGGCGGAAGCGUCUUCCGGGAGUGCCGGGCGCUCCUGACCCACGGCCAAGGCGCCCCGGGAACGACGGCGGUGGCUGUCCCCCCCGAGGAGCCCAUCGUGUCCACCGACGAAGUGAUCUUUCCGCUGACGAUUUCCCUGGACAGGCUGCCCCCCAGCACCCUCAAAGCCAAAAUUGUGGCGACCGUCUGGAGACGCGACCAAGAGAGAGGCGAGGUCCGGGAGCGCGGCUACCUAAGCAUCCUGCAGGAUCGGGCCCCUUCGCAGACCUUCCGCGAAGAGCAGGGAGCCUUCAAGGCGCAGGUGAGCACAAUGCUGACCGUGCUGCCCCCUCCGGAGCUGAAGUGCCAGCAGCUCAACGUGUCCGGGAAGCACUUGACAGUGCUAAAAGUUCUGAACGCUGCCUCCCAGGACGAGCUCUCGGUGUGGGACGUGCGGAUCCUGCCCAACUUCAAUGCCAGUUACCUGCCCAUGAUGCCAGAUGGCUCCGUCUUGCUAGUUGAUGAUAUCUGCCACCAGUCCGGCGAAGUCUCCAUGGCCUCCUUUUGCCAGGUGCCCUCUGCCACCUCCGCCUGGCCAUGCUCCCUCCGCGCACUGGAGGAACAAAACUUCCUUUUCCAGCUGCAGGCCCCGGAGCAGCCGCCCGACAGCACCAAAGAGGGCCUUGAGGUUCCCCUCAUCGCGGUGGUGCAGUGGUCGACCCCCAAGCUGCCCUUCACCAGCAGCAUCUACACGCACUACAGGCUGCCGAGCAUCCGUCUUGCCCGUCCCAGGUUUGUGAUGACUGCAGAAUGCGAGUCACCAGUUGCCUUGCAUCGGCGCUUUGUAGUCACGUACACUCUCAUCAACAACCUGCAGGACUUUCUGGCAGUGCGCUUGGUGUGGACACCAGAAAGUGCUGCUGCAGGGAAGAAACUGGCCUGUGGCGAAUGCCAUGCCACGCAAGACACUCAAGACUCAAUUGUGUGCCACACCCCUCUCAACAACCUGGGAUUCUCCCGCAAAGGCAGCGCCCGCACUUUCUGCGUCACAUUCCAGGCCCUACGUGCUGGCUUGUUCGAGUUGUCUCAGCACAUGAAACUGAAACUCCAGUUCACUGCAAGCGUUUCCAAUCCACCCCCCGAGGCCCGGCCAGUCUCCCGCAAAAGCAGCCCAGGGAGCCCAGCAGUCCGGGAGCUGGUGGGGCGUCAUCAAGCCAGCCUUGGGCGCUCCCAGAGCUUCUCACACCAACAGCCAGCACGGGGACACCUCCUGAGGUCAGGAAGUGUCAUGGAGCGCCGGGCCAUCACUCCCCCCGUCGGCUCUCCAGUGGGCCGCCCCCUUUACUUGCCCCCAGACAAGGCUGCUCUUUCCCUUGACAAAAUUGCCAAACGAGAGUGCAAGGUGCUGGUGCUAGCGCCUGUCACAUGACAGAGGGGGGGUCCUUCUCCCUCCCAUUCCUGCCCCCUUCCCAGAAAGGGCAGCUCUGGCUGCAUUCAGACUCCCCCUGGAACCAACCCACAGUAUGUGCCACCCAGUCACUCCAGGCCAUGCGCUCAGAAAAAGUUCUGCCCCCAACACCUGCACUUCACAGCCACCCCCCUUCUCACAGUCAUCCCCGUCUCCUUAGACAGGACUCUUAAGCUGCCAAGACCCCUUGCCAAGAGUCUUCCCUGGUUGUGCCACCAUCCACAUUUCCAGGGACUGCUGCCCUCCUCACCCACCCUGCUUUCUUCACACUCCUUCAGCUAGGCAGCAAUGAGUGUGUUUCACUCUCCUGUGUGGGAGCAGCCUGAAAGCCAGGAGAGAAGGGAGCAGUCCCUCCCCCACAACAAAACCAAGGUACAGCGGAUGUCACAAUUAAAAGGCAGCACAACUCCAGCCUCUGUUGGUAGAAGGGUACUUUAACUGCCAGACAUUCCCAAGCCGAUUUUUCCUUUCCAGACUGGAUUAGGCCACAGGGUGUGACUUGGAAGAUGGCUCCUUUCCAAAGGAGCUCUGCCAUCUUCCUUCUCUCCCGGUAUCUGCUGUAUUCUUAGAUGGGGGAAGGCACGUCUGUAGCCCUCCCCCUACCUCAUCUCAGGCCCAGGUGCCCUUCCAUUGCACUUUAUUUAAUUUUUGUUAUUUAUAUUUUUUUAUUUGCUCAGAAGCAACUCCAAUUGUGUACGUACGUGCUUGCAAAUAAACUGCACUGGCUGGCCGGCAAACAA